ACUCAGUCAAAAGUAACUUAACAUUGACUUUUUAACUCGUUGGGCCCAGCCUUCUAAAGACGUUGGAAUUGUUUGAAUCAGAAAUCGCUGGUUUAAAAAUCAAAACGUAUUGUUCAUUACAGCUGAACCUCAAUAACUCGAACGACAAUAAACAUAAGACGAAUUUUUGAUAAUUCGAAGGACGAAGCCAUUAUACGCCGGCGACUGAGACGGUCCAAUAAUACGUUAGUGUCGCCGUUGGCUGUUUCAACAUGGUGGUCGCAUAUAUCCGGUCCCAUGUCCAGCGAGUUGCCAUCGCAGAAUGAUUCGGCGACGUCGCGGUCGGACGAGAAUACGAUCAGGUCCUACCCGCUUUCGGUGACUAUUGACCCACUUCCUGUGACGUCGGACUUGCUUCCAGUGACGGCCGCUGUCGUUCCGGCGCCUCUGGCCACUGACGCUGGGUGGUGCACAGUCUGCGGUCGCGGAGUAUGGCUUCGCUGGAACUGGUAGACAACAGCGCGUGCCUGCCCAUGUUCGCCGACCAGCGGCGCGCAGAGUUAGCUCUGCAGGAACUGCUGGCCGUCGACUUCCACGGCGUCCAGAUUUCGGUGACUUUCGACUCACUUCCUGUGACGUCGGACUUGCUUCCGGUGACGGUCGCUCUUGUCCCGGCGCGGUCCACCGCGUUUUCGAGCGUCUAUGGCUGGCUCGAUUUGCCGCUGGCUGCUGGCCGCAGGAUGGUGCAAAGUCUGCGGUCACGGAGGAUGGUGCCACUUGAACUCGUGCAGAACGCUCUGCGAGAACUGCUGGUCGUCGAUUUCCACAGCGUCCAGAUUUCAAUUACUUUUGACUCACUUCCUGUGACGUCGGACUUGCUUCCGGUGACGGUCGCUCUCGUCCCGGCGCGGUCCACGGCGUUUUCGAGCGUCUAUGGCCGGGUCGAGUUGCCGUUGGCCACUGGCCGCAGGGCGGUGCACAGUCUGCGGUCACGGAAGAUGGCGCCGCUGGAAAUGGUGCAGGACGCUCCUCGGGAACCGCUGGCCAACGACUUCCACGGCGAGAACGCGACGGAAGCACGCUGCCGCCUAGAAAAUCCACUUGGAAGCGGCCUAAGCGUUUUGUAGUUCAAUGUCUAGUCAACGCGGCACGAAGAAUAUGUUUUUGUCGGAGCUCCGUCGACAUCGAUUGAUGUUACCGUGGUUGAAUUGUUAUAAUAUUUAUUUGUAAUAUUUUAUCACAUUAACUAUGUACCUAACGUUUAUAAUAUUACUGCUUUGUAUGUAUUCGUUAAAAUUUAAAUUUUUGUAUUAUUGUACAACUAUGUAUUUUGUACCAAUUUCUUAAAUCCAACGAUUGUAUUGAUUGAUUUUUUAUAUUGUCUACAUUUUAAAUGUGUA